AUGAUUUUCAAAUUUGUUUUCAAGGUUGGAAUUCAGAGUAUGAAAUAUCAAAUAAGACCCUGUAUUGCUUCUUAUAGAGCUCUUUCAAAUAAUUAUUUACACUUGCAUAAUUUGAAUACCUUUUAGCUAAAUUAAUUAACACGCUUUGCAGAAGAAGAAGAAAAUGAUUUUAAUGAAUUAAAUUUAAUCAACUGUUUGUCGGAGGUGAAAUCUAUUAAAGGAAAUUUGAGUAUAUGA